AUGACGGAGUAUCAAAAAGGCUUCAUAUCAGCUCUUGGAAAACAAAGAGACAUCGAAUUGCACGAAAACCUCAUCACAUCGAAGAAUGAUAUCGCAUACCUGACAGACCUUUAUACAUUGCCUGAUAUGAAUCUCCAACUUCAAGGCGAUGACUUGAACUUAAUAAAAACAAAAAAUGUCGUCGCUGCUUUCGUAGCCAAGCUGCUCUUACACAAAAAGAAUAUCGGCAGACUGAUUUCAUUAAAAGAUUCCAAGACAUUGAAAUGGGAAAUACCAGACUGGGUGUUAGAUCCUUUUUCAAAUGGCAACAUAGCAAUAUCACCCCAGUUGGAAGAAGAAUUUACAGAACUAACAACGAAUGAGGAAAUAAAAAUCAAAUACAAAAAUGGCUACCAACAAUUUUGGCUACAAAAGUCAACUCUGCAGUUGUACCCUGGAUUGUGGUCUAGUCGUUAA